UAAUUUAUUAAGUUAUAUAAUAAUAUAUUACUUAAAACAUGAAAUUCGCUGUUAUAUUGUCAUUGAUUUGUGUCUGUUUUGCGGCACAAAACAAGAGUGCCUCACAAUAUGCGGCAGAACUUGGUUUCAAGACAUUUGAACACGAAUUCAAUAGUUUCAAGAUAAAUCACAGCAAACAGUACUCGACCGCCGAAGAGGAAGAGCAGAGAAAAGUGAAUUUUUUGCAAACAUUGCAAAGGAUUGAAAAACACAAUGAGUUGUUUAAAAGGGGUCUCGAGUCCUAUGAAAAGGGUGUCAAUCAGUUCGCAGAUUUGACUAACGCCGAGUACCAGUCCAUAUUUGUAAUGCCCGACCCAUCAGUGCAAAAACCAGCGCUGGCCGAGCCAUACAUCGCCGACCCCGAGUCCCUCUCAUUGGCGCCGCAAAGUUUUGAUUGGAGACAAUCGGGAAAAGUGACUUCAGUUAAGAACCAAGGUGGUUGCGGAUCGUGCUGGGCGUUCAGCGUAUUGGCUACCCUAGAGUCGGCAUUCCUGAUCAAACACAACCAAAACCUGGACCUAUCGGAGGAGCAACUCGUCGACUGCACAAACAGCCGGUGCGGCGGCCAAACAGUGGACAGCGCUUUCAAGUACGUUCAGGCGCACGGAGUCGAGUCCGAGGGUCAGUACCCGUACAGCGCCGGCUCCGGGCAUUACAACAACUGCGGUGACCAGCCAUCGGCCCCACACACUCAUAUUCAGGGCUAUCGCGGUUUGGGUCACGCCGUGGGUCCCAAUUUGGCCACCGAUCAGGAGAUAAUGGCCGCCAUUCAGGCCAACGGUCCCGUCUCUAUCACGUUCAACGCCGCGGGCAAUGACUUCCGUGACUAUAAGUCCGGUGUAUUGGCCAGUAAUGACAUGGGAUGGACAGCCGCUCACGCCGUGAUCAUCACCGGUUGGGGUACUGAAGGCGGUCGCGAUUAUUGGGUCAUUAAGAAUAGUUGGGGCGCCGGUUGGGGCGCUCAGGGUUAUAUCAAAUUGGCCCGUGUAAUAGCCGAUGCCAGCCCUGUGACUGAGCAAGCAAAGUUUACAGGUAAAAUAUGGGUAGUGUUAGCCGGUUGUAAUGAAGGUUGGGACAAUUAUUCAAUUAAGGCAAACGUAUACCGGGCUUAUCAAAUGAUUCGCGGGAACGGUAUUCCCGAGGAAAACAUAAUAGUUAUGCAACCGGACGAUAUCGCCAACAAUAAGCUCAACCCAACACCCGGUAAAGUGAAAAGUGAAUUCACCGGCAGUGAUGUCUACCACGGAGUGCCCAAACACUAUACCGGUGCCGAUGUUUCUGUUGAAAACUUUUUGGGUGUACUUAAAGGGGACCCGAAAUUAGCUGCGCGUGGAAAGCGAGUGGUGAACAGUGGACCCAAUGAUCAUAUAUUUGUCUAUACUAUUGGUCAUGGAGAUGAUAGU